AUGUUAGGGAUCCGCUGCCACCUCGUGGCCUCCGCCUGGAGGUGGUGGGCGAUUCUAUUGCCGCUGGAGCGGCAGCUGAGGAGCAAGUAUCCUCAAGCAAUGGUACUUUGCAUUGUGCCUCUCUUGUACAGCUGUUCUCAAGAGUCCAAAUGGCAGACAAUGCUUGAAAGCCUCACAGAAGCUGUCAAGGGCCUUGAGGACAAGAAGGUGCGCCUUCAAUUCACAGGACCCCCUGACGCACCCUGGCUGGAUUGUAAUGCGGACUUCACCGACGGCAUCCACCUCACUGCCUUGGGUCACCUUAAGUUUGCCGCGGAGCUGGUUCCAAGUCGGCAUGCAGUGAAAGUGGCCAUGAACGAGAAGAAGAAAGGGUGCCGGACUGAGAGGAGUGUGAAACACAUGGAGUUCGGGACGCCCUAUGACUUACCCGCGUCGUCAUGUGGCCGGGAGGCAACAGAGGUGGGAUUCAUGUACUUCUCGCCCGAGGAGGUGAAGAACCUCAGCGCUGUGGAGAUCAACGACCUCUCCACCAACGACGAGUGGGGAGCGCCAAUUAGUGGCGGGCUACACUCGCUGGAAAUGGGACCUUUGAAGGACUUCAGGAACUGCAGCAUGGUGUGCCAGACAUGUGGUCUGGACCAGGACUGUCCAGGCCACAUGGGGCACAUUGAGCUAUCCAGCCCGCUAUACAACCCGUUCCUGAUCGCGCCUUUGCUGAAGCUGCUGAGACAGACGUGCCUCAACUGCCACAAGUUCAAGUGCCACGAGGCCGUGACUGCUGCGCUUGUACUACACCUGCAAGGGUUGCUACCUGGCGAUCUACCAGCACCACCUGCUCCGGCAAUGAAGUCAAGGUCUGCCUUCCUGAGCGAUGCUGCCCACUCCGAGAGCAUGACUUUGGUGAUUGAAGAGAUUACCAAAGAAGGCGUGUCGAUGAAGAGGGAGAUUCUUCCAGAGCGUGAUGUGAAGGAAACGGGGCAGGCUAUUGAUUCGCUCAUCAAAAAGCUGGAUUCUGCACGGGAGAAGGCACAGAAAGCGGAUGCAAAGACGCCGAGCGGAGCAGGACGACAGAACUCUGCUUCCAUAGAAGCACUGCGAGCAGUCAUUGCCAGCUUCUUUGCUGAAAUGCCGAAUUCCUGCGCACGCUGCAAGGCGCAUGCGAAAUGGCGAAAGGAGGGCUACGAGGCUCUUUUUGUCAAGCCUGACAAGAAAUCCAAGGAGCUCUUGGCAUUGCCUCAAUAUGCCAGGGAUUUGUUGACGGAUCUGUGGAAGAACGAGGCAGCUGCAUUGAGGUACCUGGUUCCUGCAGCCAGGGGAAUUGGCCCUGAGGUCUUCUUCUUGGAGCGCCUUUUGGUCCCCCCCAACCGCUUUCGCCCGCCAAAGCAAGGAGACGUGAACCCAGCCAUGCUGCAGUUGCACCGGCAUACGAAGCACCUGAAGAGCAUCAUGCUUGCCAAUCAGCAGGUCAGAAAUGCGAUGAAGCCUGACCGACUGGAGGAAGUGGCCCAACCGCUGGAGCUACAUCAAGCCGUGGGUGCUUUGCAGCAAGCAGUCAACUCUUUCAUGGACAAAAUGAAGAGUGGGAAGAAUCCAAAGCUUGUAGAUGAUGGAAUUCGGCAGCUGCUGGAAAAGAAGGAAGGCUUGUUCAGAAUGAAGAUGAUGGGAAAGCGCGUUAAUUUUGCUGCGCGCUCCGUCAUCUCGCCUGACCCGAAUAUCGAGCCCUCCGAGAUCGGUGUGCCUCAGGAUAUUGCUUCCGAGCUGGUCUAUCCAGAGGUCGCUACGCAGUACAAUGCUGAAUGGCUCCGGGACCUUGUGGAACGUGGUGCACGCUAUCCAGGAGCCCUGGAGGUGCAUGCUCCACGAGCAGACGGCGGCAAAAUUAUCACCAAUUUGAAAGUAAAGACGAAGGCUGAAAGAAAGGCGCUUGCAAAGAACCUCAUCACAGACAUCAGGAGUGGGAAACCCCCGUGGACGGUCUUCCGACAGCUGCAAGAUGGUGAUCCGCUUCUGGUCAACCGGCAACCAACACUUCACAAGCCGGGCAUCAUGGCGCACAUGGUCAAGGUGCUUCGUCGAGAGCGAACGAUCCGUUUGCACUAUGUGAAUUGUAACACCUACAACGCAGACUUUGAUGGCGACGAGAUGAAUCUUCAUGCUCCCCAGGACCCCAUCAGCCGCAUGGAGGCUCUUGCCAUUGCCAGAGCGGACUUCCAGUACUUGGUGCCAACCUCAGGAAAGCCGCUGCGAGGUUUGAUCCAGGACCACGUCAUCGCAGGGACUAUGCUGACGAAGCGCGACAGCUUCUACACACGACCGGAGGUGUGUUUGCUUCUCUAUACCGGCCUUCGACAUGCGUUGGAGCCAUCCAAGCCGAAGCCGAAGGCGAGAAAGGCAAGUGGUGGUGACGAUGCGCAGGAAUGGGAAGACGAUGAAGAUGAUGAGGAGAAGCAGGGCAAGGACGAGGAGGACCGGGAUCCCUUUGAGGACAAGCCGUGGCACCGGCCCAAACUGAAUGUUGUGGAUCAGCGCAUGAAAAUCACGCUGGAUCCGCCGGCCAUGCUUCGGCCUGUCCCAAUGUGGUCAGGAAAACAGGUGCUUGGGAUGCUGCUGAAGCAUCUCAUCAAGAUUUGCUCUGAGGGCAAGGCAUGCGAGACUUCGGCUGGUAUCAACCUGGACGGUAAAAGCAAAACGCCAGGAGACAUUUGGAACGGUCGCCUGGAUGGGGACAAAGAGGAGGCUACCAUCGUUUUUCGGGGUUCGGAUCUUCUGCAGGGUGUUCUUGACAAAGCAUCUUUUGGUGCUGAAGCCGCCGGCAUAACGCACCUGUGUUUCGAGCUCAUGGGUGGCCGCCUUGCCAGUUUGUGGCUGUCGGGCAUCGCAAGGCUUUUCACGCUCUUGUUGCAAAUGCGCGGCUUCACGUGCGCCUACGAAGACCUGAUUCUAAGGCCUGAAACUGAUGAUGUCAGGACAGAGCUGGUCAAGAAAGCGCGAGAAGCUGCUGUUCAAGUGGCCGAGCAGUGGAUUCACAAGCAUGGCGCUGGCUCGCUGUUGCCCGAAAGGCCAACACUCGAGCAGUUGUCGGUGGCGUCCAAGGACUUGUUUCUGCAGAAGCAAAAAGUGGAGCAUCUUGAGGGGCUGGUAAUUGGCAAGAUGAAAGAGUUCUGGUCCGGUAUGAUUAACCAGUGUAUUCCUGUUGGUCAGCGGCUGCCUGUACCGCGUAACUGCUUUGCCUCGAUGGUGCAGACGGGUGCGAAAGGGUCCAAAGUGAACCAGUCACAGGUCAGCUGCUGCCUGGGCCAGCAGGAGCUCGAAGGAAGACUGCCACCCCUCAUGGGCACGCAGAGGUCACUGCCAUGUUUUGCGGUCAACGACCUGUCCAAUCGGACACGAGGCUACAUUGCUGACCGCUUCUUGACGGGCAUUCGACCGCAGGAGUUUUUCUUCCACUGCAUGGCUGGACGUGAAGGUCUUGUGGACACAGCCGUGAAAACGUCACGAUCAGGUUACCUGCAACGCUGUUUGGUGAAGCACCUGGAAACACUCAAGGUGGAGUAUGACCACACCGUCCGGGACGGAGAUGGAUCCAUUCUUCAGUUCCUUUACGGCGAGGACGGUGCAGACGUGACUCGGGCAACAUAUCUCUACAAGUUUGACGAGCUUUUGUCCAACUUUCACUUCCUUGACAAGCCGGCACGGAGCAAGAUGAAGACUAGCGCAGCCCGUGAUGGCAUUGUACUGGAUACUCAGUGUGCACCACUGUACCUGAAGGCCAAGCAGGCAGCAAAGGAUGGUGAUCUCCCAGUCGCAAUUGAGGCUAUAGAAGAGCUGCUCGAGAUGAGCAAUUCUCUCAAUGGUGCCGCCAUUCUUUCACUGCAGCAGCUUAGAAAGAAGCUGCGCGUGGCCAAGAAGCGACAGCUUCCGAUCUGUGAUUCCAUGUUCGAUCCAGUGACUGCCUUGUUUGGACCUGCGCACUAUUUCGGGUCCACCUCGGAGCUUCAUGAGGAGGCCUUGCAAGCCUUCAUGAAGAAGCGCUUAGAGAACGGUGCUAUGACCUCCAAGCAGGCCAAGCACUUUGCAACAGCCAUGCGGCUGAAGUUCCAGAGGACGCUUGCUGAGCCUGGAGAAGCUGUGGGCGUCAUUGCUGCUCAGAGCAUGGGUGAGCCCAGUACGCAGAUGACACUGAAUACGUUUCACUUGGCCGGUCACGGAGGUGCUGCUUUGAGAUCCAAGUUCUGCGUGUCAUGACAGCUCUGCACUGACAAGUCCAGCACGCGUG